CUUUGGUCUCGGGAGUGGGAGAUGUGAAGGUGGCGUCCGUCUCUCCCAAGACCCCCAUCAAGGGGCCCUUCUGAGAUUUGGAUUCAACAGCACCUCUAAACAGACCAAACAGAAAUUGGCAGAAGACCUCUCAAAGGCUUCCUUGGAGCAACAAUGGAUGAGCGCAACUCAGCUGGCCCUGAAGCAGGAAGAAGCUGCAGUGUCAUCAAAACUGGGAGCAGCAAGGAAUCCUGGGGAAGAACAGUGCAGAACGUCCUGGAUGAAAAGGAUACCCUCACCUCAGACGACCAGUGCCAGCAGUUCAGACAAUUCUGCUACCAGGAGGCUGAGGGCCCCCGAGAGGCUUGCAGCCGACUUCACAAUCUCUGCCAACAGUGGCUGAAACCAGAGCAACACUCAAAGAGUGAGAUAUUGGACCUGGUGAUCCUGGAGCAGUUCCUGACUGUCCUUCCAUCAGAGAUUGAAAGCUGGGUGAGGGAAUGUGGAGCGGAGACCAGUUCCCAGGCGGUGGCCCUGGCCGAAGGUUUCCUCUUAAACUGGGCAGAGGACAAAAACCAGGAAAAGCAGCAGGUGAGAGUGUUUGGGCUGAAAAUUUAA